CAAAACUCCACAUGUGGCACAAGAGUGUCCUCCCCAAAACACUGGCACCGGCACUCACAUCGAACUGGCAGUCAAACGUUGCACGGAACGUCACGAGGAUCAAUACUAGCAGUAUGAUGACCCACCACAUAGUAACGAUGAUGCUGUGCUCUGCUCAUCCUGGGAGCUUUCGAUCCCAGUCCCGGAAGACACUUACCAGCCUGGUCGGCCUGUGAAUGAUCAAGGCAAAGGAGGGACUAAUCCCCCAAUCCCCCCAGUCCUUUCUCCCCUCCCCGUCCCUUCCCUCCUCGUCUGCCCUUUGACUUGUCACCAGCCCCUGCCUGCCUACAUCUUACCUCUAUCCCGCUACUACUACAUACCCCCCAUCAAGCCCUCAAAGCCCAUUGUCUGCUGUCCUCCAACUACAUUCCUCAUAUUACCUCCUACUGUUAUUCCCAUAUCCCACCUAUCCAGCACCUGACUGUCCUUCCUCGAGUCUGACCCACCACCUGAUCGAAAUGACCGGCUCUCACCUCAUCCUCCGUCCCGCCACGACCAAGGAAGUGCAGUACAUCCACGACCUCAACUCGUCCGCCUGGGCCGGAGAUCUAACCGUCGAGGCGUACCACGCACGGGAGCGGACGCUUGCCUCCACCCCGCUGACCCGCAACGGCGGACUGAGUGCCUGGGUCCUCGUGAAUCCGGAAGCUCCGCAGGAGGUCCUCUCGUCCUGUGAAACCAUAAAGAAGCAUGCUUUCGUGUCGAGGCUGCCGGUCAAUGAGGAUGUUGUCCCGUCGGUGAAGCAGUGCACGGUCCAUGGCGUGGGCAGUGUUUUCACGCCCGUCGAGCAUAGGGGGAAUGGAUAUGCGGGGACUAUGUUGCAGCUGCUGGCGGAGACCCUGAAGAAGGGGAAUGCUGAAGGGUUCAGUGUGCUGUACUCGGAUAUUGGGAAGGAGUUCUAUGCUAGGCUCGGAUGGCUGCCCCACCGUUCAUCGCAUCUCGAGUUUCCUGCAAUUGAGGAAGCCGGUGCCCACACCACCGGUGUAAAGUCCUUGCGGUCGACGGAUGUGCCCUCUCUCUGCGUCAAGGACGUUGCAGCCCUCACAGAGUUGCUUUCCCGGCCACACCCCAGCGUCGAUACACGGAUUGCGUUCGUCCCAGACUACCAGACGAUGGAGUGGCACUGGACACGCGAGGAGUUCGUGGCGCCUAUGCUUAGAAAACAUAUGGACAUCAAGCCCGAGAUCAAAGGAGCCAUCACUGCCGACGGUAAGCGAUGGUUCUUAUGGAACAGGGACUUUGGGAAGGGGACCUCGCAACUGUACAUCCUACGCUACGUCAACCUGUCUCGUAGUCUCAGCGACGUGGACGAGGAGAACCAUGUGGCAAGACUAUUCCGAGCGGCCGGUAUCGAGGCUCAAAAAUGGGGCCUCCAGAAGGUGAUCAUGUGGAAUCCGAACGAGAUCUGUGUCCGGGCGGCGCGAAGGGUGGCUGGGCCAGCUGCGCGGGUCGUCGACAGGGAAACGGACUCGAUCUGCUCGGCGAUGAUGCACUCCAGACAGCAGGGCAGCGGGCCGGAAGAGGUGGAUUGGGUUGCCAACGAGAAGUAUGCCUGGUGUUGAUAUUUCGGACUUGCCUCGUCUUUUCCACUGGAUGUUCCUUCUUUCAUUGCCCCAUAGGGUAUGGUGUUUUGGGUAUCUGGUGUUCUCGGUGUUUGUAUUUUGAUUCAUACCGGUAGAUUCAUUCAUCGCCAUGGAUCCGCGCUCUUGAUCUGGGAUCUGCCUGAGCGGGGGACGGGUGGAUAAUGUGUUCUAUUAUACCAUACUUGCACCGGCGUGGGGUCGAGCGGCGUAUUGUAGGCUUUAUUUUUCGGGAGAUGGAUAGGAUUGGAUGGCGACGGAUGAGGGAAUGCUCUGGAAACAUUGAUGCAGAUGCAAAGAGUGGCUGAUAGCUGAACUUGAGGCAAUAUAUAUGAGUACAUGUGCCAUGAUAUUGGCUUUAUUUGGAGUGUUUUACUGUGACUCGCACUCUCUGCGGU